UGUGUCGCACCAGAGUUGCCGCACCGUUCUGAAGCAUAGGGGGGGCCGGUUCGGCAGUGUCAAGAUGGCGGCGGCGGUGGCGGCGGCGGCUGCUGCUGCGGCCGCGGCUGCAUCUCUUCAGGUGCUGGAGAUGGAGGGCAUGGAGACUGCCGCCGCCGGUUCCGCAGGCCUGGCCGCCGAGGUCCGAGGCAGUGGCACGGUGGACUUCGGGCCCGGGCCCGGGAUCUCUGCCAUGGAGGCGAGCGGGGGCGAUCCGGGCCCAGAGGCCGAGGACUUCGAGUGCCGCACUCACUGCUCCGAGUUAUCCUGGCGGCAGAACGAGCAGCGGCGGCAGGGCCUGUUCUGCGACAUCACCCUGUGCUUCGGUGGGGCCGGAGGUCGCGAGUUCCGUGCCCACCGCUCGGUGCUGGCCGCCGCCACCGAGUACUUCACGCCCUUGCUAUCCGGCCAGUUUUCAGAGUCGCGCUCAGGCCGGGUGGAGAUGCGCAAGUGGAGCUCGGAGCCGGGCCCCGAACCUGACACAGUGGAAGCCGUUAUCGAGUACAUGUACACUGGGCGCAUCCGAGUGAGCACCGGUAGCGUGCACGAGGUGCUGGAGCUGGCCGACAGAUUCUUAUUAAUUCGUUUAAAAGAAUUUUGUGGAGAAUUUCUCAAGAAAAAACUUCAUCUCUCAAAUUGUGUGGCCAUUCAUAGCUUAGCCCACAUGUAUACCCUAAGCCAGCUUGCUCUGAAAGCUGCGGAUAUGAUCCGGAGGAAUUUCUAUAAAGUCAUUCAGGAUGAAGAAUUUUAUACUUUACCUUUCCAUCUCAUUCGAGACUGGCUUUCAGACUUGGAAAUUACCGUGGAUUCUGAAGAGGUUCUUUUUGAAACGGUUUUGAAGUGGGUUCAGAGAAAUGCUGAAGAAAGAGAGAGAUACUUUGAAGAACUUUUUAAACUGCUUAGGUUGUCCCAGAUGAAACCCACCUAUCUUACCCGGCAUGUCAAGCCAGAGCGGCUGGUGGCCAACAAUGAAGUUUGCGUCAAGCUGGUGGCUGAUGCAGUGGAGAGGCAUGCACUCAGAGCAGAGAAUAUACAGUCUGGCACACUCCAGCAUCCUGCUUCCCAUGUCUCACUCUUACCUCGCUAUGGACAAAACAUGGACGUCAUCAUGGUUAUUGGAGGUGUGUCAGAAGGAGGAGACUAUUUAAGUGAAUGUGUGGGGUAUUUUGUUGAUGAGGACAGAUGGGUAAAUCUGCCCCACAUUCAUAAUCACCUUGAUGGACAUGCCGUUGCAGUAACAGAAUCUUAUGUGUAUGUUGCUGGCUCGAUGGAACCAGGAUUUGCUAAAACGGUAGAAAGGUACAACCCAAACUUGAAUACAUGGGAACACGUUUGUAGUCUGAUGACAAGAAAGCAUUCUUUUGGGCUGACAGAAGUCAAAGGGAAGCUGUAUAGCAUUGGAGGACAUGGCAAUUUUAGCCCUGGCUUUAAAGAUGUGACUGUUUACAAUCCUGAGCUUGAUAAAUGGCACAACUUAGAAUCAGCACCAAAGAUUCUUCGAGAUGUCAAAGCACUAGCCAUUGAGGACCGGUUUGUGUACAUUGCUGCCCGCACUCCCGUGGACCGGGACACUGAAGAUGGAUUGAAGGUUGUAAUUACUUGCUAUGAUACAGAGACUCGACAGUGGAAAGAUGUGGAAUCUUUACCGCUUAUUGACAAUUACUGUUUUUUCCAGAUGUCUGUGGUCAAUUCAAACUUUUAUCAGACAGCAUCAUGCUGUCCCAAGAGUUAUUCUUUAGAAAACGAAGAGGCGGUAAGAAAGAUUGCCGGUCAGGUAUCUGAUGAGAUCCUUGAAAGCUUGCCUCCAGAAGUUCUUAGCAUUGAAGGAGCAGCCAUUUGCUAUUACAAAGAUGACGUCUUCAUUAUUGGAGGCUGGAAAAACAGCGAUGACAUUGACAAACAGUACCGGAAGGAAGCCUACCGAUACUGUGCUGAGAGGCAGAGGUGGAUGCUCCUCCCUCCCAUGCCUCAGCCCCGGUGUAGGGCCACCGCUUGCCAUGUCCGGAUCCCCUACCGGUACUUGCAUGGCACACAGAGAUACCCUAUGCCUCAAAACUUAAUGUGGCAGAAGGACCGCAUUAGACAGAUGCAAGAGAUACACCGGCAUGCCCUGAACAUGCGGAGAGUGCCAAGUUCCCAGAUUGAAUGCUGAACUCACCAACACUUACAUCUGGAAACUGUUCUAACCCCUGUUCCAUGAGGCUGGAGAUGCCUGGACUGUUACUUGGAAAAGUAUGUCAAUAACUUAUUUUCUACUUGGACUUACUACCCUAUAUAAAGGAAGUUAGUUGUUAAAAAACAAACGGGAAACUCAGUUUAGUGUGGUAAUUUUUGUUAGCCUGCAGUCCUGUCUUUGUGUGCUGGCAAAUAAGAUCUUAUUAAAGACAAGUGGGGGAAGCAGGUCUAGUUACGUGACCUUUUUUCUGCCAACAAUUAUAACUCCUUUGUUUUUGGGACGUACAUGUGGGGCUUUAAGCACCAGUGUUAUUUGCACAUUUAUUUUGAUAUUCCUUUACGUUUUGUGUGGAUUUUUUUUUUCAGUGAUACCAGUUUAUUCAUUAAGCUCUCAUCUGCAGAAGGCAUGUGCAAUAGUGAGACUGGAUGUAAAGGAAAAAGCACAAUGUUUCAGCAAGCUGAUCUCAGAAUGAUGGCGCUAAUGUUUGUUGUAUGUGUUUAUCUACAAAUGCUGUUUAUGUUCAUUGGAAAGGGUGACAAUAAGAAGUUGGUGAUUGGCA